GAAUGGGUUGUUGUACAUCUUAAUCUGUUAGCUAGAGGGAAUUAAUAUUACAUGAGACUUAUUUAAACUUACAUCAUUUGUAUAUGACAGAAGAAGAUGAUGAAUAAACAUAAAGAGAUUGGAGAAUAGUAGAAGGUGGUCGAUAUCAUGGACAGAUGGAAGAGAAUAGAAUGCAUGGUUGGGGAAUAUUAGUAAUGGAUGAUGGAAGAAGAUAUGAAGGUUUCUUUGAGAAUAAUCUAUUUCAUGGAUAAGGGAAAUUAUCAGCAGAAAACUAUCUAUAUAUAGGUAGUUUUUAGUAAGGAGAAUGUCAUGGUUAGGGUUAGUUAAAAACAAACACAUCUAUAUAUGAAGGUAAAUGGGAGCAUAAUUUAUAAAAUGGUUGUGGUUCUGAAAGAUUUGCUGAUGAUGCUGUUUAUAAAGGUAAUUAUAAGGAUGGUAAGAGACACGGAAAAGGUUUUAUUGAAUUUGGUGAUUAAUCUUAUUAUAGAGGAGAUUUUAGUGAAGGAGAUCUUCAUGGAUAGGGAAUAUUUAAAUGGGCUGAUGGAAGUGAAUUUAAAGGAUAAUGGGAGAAAAAUUAAUUUAUUUAAGGAAUUAUGAAAUGGCCAGAUGGACGUUUAUAUGAAGGAUCUUAUUUAGAUGAAUUAAAAGAAGGAAUAGGUAAAUUUGUAUGGCCAGAUGGUAGAAUAUAUUAUGGAUAAUGGCAUUAAGGAAAAUAACAUGGUUAUGGAUUAUUUACUAAAGAUGGUGUUACUAAAAAAGGAGAAUGGAUUAUGGGAAAAAGGAUUAGAUGGAUAUCAGAGGAUGAUGAUAUUGAAAUAUUUUAAUAAUUUAAUAUAUAAAAAUUAUGA